GCAACCAUCUUUCCUCGGUGGCCGCCUCUUCUAUCCGGUACACGCGGUCGAGGGUACGUGCUGACCACACGUUAUCGCGCGUAAACGGGAUUUCGGACGCCUGCAAGCCGCAGCGGAGCUCUCGCCGGUGUUUAUGUUGGUGCUGUAGCCGCAGUCGCGGGAAGGAAACAUGGCGCGUUAUGGGCAGAGACCCGAAAACGCCCUGAAACGGGCGAAUGAAUUCAUAGAAGUGGGUAAACCUGCCCGAGCGUUAGACACAUUGCAAGAAGUCUUCCGUAAUAAAAAAUGGACGUACAACUGGUCAGAAUCCGUUUUAGAACCUAUCAUGUUCAAGUAUUUGGACCUCUGUGUGGAACUAAAGAAGUCGCACAUAGCGAAGGAGGGCUUGUUCCAAUACCGAAAUAUGUUUCAAUCUGUCAAUGUUGGAAGCUUGGAGAACGUUAUACGUGGGUAUUUGAAAAUGGCUGAAGAGAAGACGAAUGCCGCGCGCAAGCAGAGUCAGCAAGCAGUGAUUGACAUCGACGAUCUUGAUAACCUUGCUACGCCUGAGAGCAUCUUGCUGUCAGCCGUUAGCGGAGAGGAUGCGCAAGACAGAAGCGAUCGUACCAUUUUGACGCCCUGGGUCAAGUUCUUGUGGGAAUCAUACUGCCAAUGCUUGGAGUUGCUCAGAACUAAUGCGCACGUAGAAACUCUUUACCACGAUAUCGCACGUAUGGCCUUCCAGUUUUGCCUCGAGUAUACUCGUAAGACUGAAUUUCGUAAAUUAUGCGAGAAAUUACGGAAACAUCUUGAAGAGAUAUGUAAACUGCCGCCGCUCGUGUCGAACGUUUCUAUGAAUAAAGCAGAAACGCAGCAGUUGAAUCUAGAAACUAGAUUAAAUCAAUUGGAUUCUGCGAUACAAAUGGAAUUAUGGCAGGAAGCCUUUAAAUCUUCUGAGGACGUUCACGGUAUGAUGAAUUUGUCAAAGAAGCUCCCUGUACCAAAAACGAUGGCUAAUUACUAUCAGAAGCUGGCUAUGGUUUUCUGGAAGGCUGGUAAUUAUCUAUUUCACGCAGCCGCGUUGUUCAAACUUCUACAGCUCUCUCGUGAGAUGAAAAAGAAUAUGUCCUCGGAGGAACAACAGCGAAUGGCCAACCGUGUAUUAUUGGCAACGUUAUCGAUACCGUUGCCGUCUGCACAUCCUGAGUUUGAUCGCUUCAUCGAGACUGACAAGAGCCCGCUGGAAAAAGCUCAGAAACUCGCGACGCUUUUGGGUCUCUCGCAACCACCAACACGCGUCUCUCUGUUAAAAGAUAUUGUUCGUUUGAACGUUGUCAGUCUCGCGUCGCCGCAGUUGCAAGAAUUAUACUCAUGGUUAGAAGUGGAAUUUCAUCCAUUAGAACUCUGUAGCAGAGUCGAUUCCGUUAUUCAGACGUUACAGGCGGACGAAAACAGUCCGUUAGUCCAGUACAUUCCGGCUUUGCAGGAUGUUACACUCGUGCGACUCGUUCAUCAAAUUUCUCAAGUUUAUCAAACUAUACAAUUCUCCAGACUCCUAGAGCUUGCCAAGUUCACUACUGAUUUUCACCUGGAGCGACUUUUGGUAGACUGCGUGCGUUAUAAUGACAUGCAGAUCAGAAUAGACCAUGGUAAGACAUGUGUUCACUUCGGAGUGGAUCUCUCGGAGGCGCAACGAGAGGAUCAUCCGGACGGUCCGGUACUGCAGGCGAUGCCCUCCGAACAAAUACGCUGCCAACUGGUUAACAUGGCGACUGUGUUGCACCGUGCCAUUAAUGUGAUAAAUCCUAACAAGAAGAAACUCGAGCGCGAGAAGCUGCGCAAUGCGAUGGUCGCUCACUAUCACGAGACCAAGAUGAAGGAGCAUCAGAGAAUAUUAGGUCGACACAAAAUUAUUGAAGAACGGAAGGAGUACAUUGAACACAUCAAUACAGUCCGCGAAGAAGAGGAGAUGCGCCGACAGGAGGAGCUCCAGCGACAGCAGAUGCUAGCCGAACAGAAGCGACUGGAGCAGGAACGGGAAGAGCGAGAGCGGAAGCGUCAGCAGAGUGAAAUUCAACAGAUCAAGGAUCGUCAUCUCAAGGAAAAGAUGCAGCAGAUCUCACAGACGAGUCACGGUCAAAAGGUGUUGAAGAAAUUAGACGAGGACGAGAUCAAAAAGCUGGACGCGGAGCAGAUUGCGGCACGAGAAGCUGAAGAACUGCAAAAAGAGCGUAGAGAAAUGCAGCAAAAACUCAAGUCCCAGGAGAAGAAAGUCGAUUAUCUCGAGCGUGCUAAACGGCUCGAGGAGAUUCCAUUGUUGGAGAAGGCUGUACAGGACAGAAUGCAACAGGCGAAACAGCUCUGGCGGCAGCAAGAAGACGAGCGAAUCGCUGCAGCUAUUGAAGAAAGGCAGGAGGCUGUCGCGACUCAAGAGCGCUUAGCGCGCAUGAAAGAAGACCACGACAUCUUCCUGGCCAAGAUUUUGGCAGAGCGCCGAAACAUAUAUACAGAAAAAUUAAAAGAUUUUGAGAAAUUGUUGAACGAGGAACGUGCCAAGCGAUUGUUGAAGCGCAAAAUGGAGCGUAAAGCCGAGCGUAAGGCAAAAUGGGAGAAGGAACGUGCGGAAGCCGCGGAACGAAGACGACUGGAAGAAUUGCGUAUUAAACAAGAAGAGGAGAAGAAACGUCUUGAGGAGGAAAGAGCGAAAAGGGAGGAGGAAGAAAGAGUCAGACGGGCUGAAGAGGAAGCCAAAGAAGCCGAACGUUUGGCCAAGCUCAAAAAACAAGCCGAGAUUAUCAGAGCUAAGGAAGCUGAGAUUGAACGUAAAUUGGAGGAAGAACGGCAGAGAGAUAAAGAGUUGACUUCAACAUGGCGACGUGCGGAUAGAGAAUAUGAUCGCGAUCGUGAACGCGAUCGCGACCGUGAUCGCGAUCGUGAUCGUGAUCGUGGUGACCGCGAACGCGAGGGUCCGAAACCUUCGUUGGAGUCAUGGCGACGUAAUGCUGACAGGGAUGCUAAAGAUUCCGAAGGACUUAAAAAUGAAACGGAUCGCUGGAGGAAACGCGAUGACAAGAUCGAAGAUUCUUCAUGGAAGAGAAGGGAACCAGAACGUCGCGACAUGGAUAAAUGGAGGAGGAACGAUGACUCGGAUCGGUGGAAAAAGGAUUCUAUGGAAAAAUGGAGGAAAGAUGAUAAUUAUGAUAGAGACGAUUUAAAAGAUCGAGAUAGAUUAGACAACCGUGGUUUCGAUAAAAAAGACGAUCGCGACCGCGAUCGAGAUCGUGACCGUGGAAUGGAUGGACGCGGAAUACGCGAGAUUUCGCGUGACACCAUACGCGAGGAUCGAGAUCGAGAUCGUGGUGGUGGUAGUGGUAGAAUGUCCGAUCGCCGUAGUGGUUAUCGCGAACGUCGUGACGAACCAGCACGAAAUACUAAUCAAGACUGGCGAAAACGUGAGCCGCCUCAAGAUUCCCCAAGAGACCCACCCAAGCGCGAACGAGAUGAUCGUAAAGAUGACAGACUUCCGCCUAAAUCUGAUGAAAGAAGGCGACCGUUAGAGGAUGAUGGCUGGUUGCAAGUCAGUCGGCGUUAACAUCAAAGUCUUAGUUAAUCAUGUAGCUUUAUAUAAGUUCAUUAUUCUCUAAGAGCGAUAUAUUAUACAUGAAUAGACUUUUUAUCUAAUACGGAAGUCUGUCCAUUUUUAUUGUUUUGUGCGUGGCUUUAUUCUUCCAGACAAGAAAAUGGGAGGGGAAUAUCUGUAGUGAUAGAUGUAUAUCAAGAAUUGAAGAAACGAAAUAUUUCGAUUAGAUAUGAUAGAUUUAUAUUGAUUAUUGUGCAAAACAGAAAAAAUGAUAAAUCCGUGUUUGAAAUAUUCUAUUCGAUGUAAAUUCAAAUUAUUUAAGUUUGGAUAUUUCAAACAUAUACAGGUUCGCUAUUAUUUCUAUUUGACGCACACUAUCAAUUUAUUAUCAUAAUCAAAAUAUCUUGUUUCAAAAGAUUAAGAUUUAAAAAAGAUAUAGAUAUCAAUAAAAUUCUCUUGUACCCUACCCCUUCAUUAGAUUUUUUUAUAUUAUCCUGCGUCUUAUCUCUUAUUUUUUCUCAAUAGGAAAUUGUACAAUUCUUAAUGUACAUUUUCUUCCCCAUCACACACUUACGACGAUUGAUUAUCGUUGUGUAUAAUACACAUGAAUACCAUUUUUGUGAAAUAGAUUAUAAGGACGAAGAUUUCUCGAUAUAAUAGAGGAAAUAAAGUAUGUACGAGGAUUGUACGAUAUUUUAUGAUC